UCCUGAAAUCUUGUACUUGUUCAACUUUUUCAAAGUUUUUUCUUUUUGGUGAUCUAACUGGUCUCCUUGUGAUUGGUUGAAUAUGCGAGCAAAGUGGCGUAAGAAAAGGAUGCGUCGUUUGAAGCGUAAGCGAAGACAGCAAAAGAAAUGAGACUGAAAAUUGGCUUUAUUGGAACUUGGCAAAACGGAAACGACGAACCAAAAAUUUUCUGAAAAGUUAUCAACAUUUUCAACCUGAAGAUGUUUUAUGUUAAAUUUUAUUUUGUUAAAAUCAGUAAACAGAAAAACUUUAAUAGAAUGUUUAUAAUUGUGUUGUGUAUCAUUUUGUAUUUCUUUUUUAACUUUGCAUUGUCCCCGAUUAUUCCCGGCUCGUUACUUAUCAAUUUCUGACAGGCUUAUCAGUUUCCGACCAUUAGGUCUGAGCUCCGACUUCUAGCUAUCAAUCUUAUGUAGCUUUAAGUCAGGUUAACUUUUUUGACUCUUGAUCCAUGAAACCAAUUAUAAUGCAGGCGAUUUUCUUCUAUGUUUCACUAAGCUUUGUAUUGAGAUAGUUUGACUUCGGUCGAUUUGUCGUCGUCUUUGAAGUGCUAGCGCCCGAAGUUUCUCUUAACCUAGUCGAUGAUUUGUUAAAUUUUCCGUUUUUAUCGUUCUAGUUAACAAUCAACUGAGUUAUUAUAGACUGAUCCCUGAUUUAACCUAUACUUUUGUGUGUGAAAUCAGUUCUUUGAGGUUCUUUUUUUUAAACAAUUUCCAUUUUAUACAAUUUUCUUGUAUGCAACACCCCCCUCAGAAAUUCCUCCAGUCAUUAAUUUUAAUUUUUUUGUUCGUUUCAUGUCAUCUAUACUAUGAAGUUUGGUCCUUCUGGCGCCAUUAUUUUCAACCCCCAUAGUGUUUAUUGGUCGAUGAAAUAAAGAGUGACGAGAGAGGGAUUGGCCAUAGUGAGAGGGUGUAAGUAAGAGAAAAAGAGAAGGCUUCUCAAUAUUCUGCAAACCCACACUUUGCCAAUAAGGCUAAAAACCCUCGUUUUGUCAACAACUCUAUUGGCAAAACGUGGACUACUAGCCUUAUUGGCAGAAUAUGGUUUGGCAAAAUAUGGGGACACUAAAAGAGAAAGAUUGCUGGCUCUAAGUGUGUGCGUACGUUUGUGUUUUGUUUUAGGGCCUGUGUACACACAUUUUUGAGAUUCUCGGGUAAAAAAUUUUUUUGUUUUCUCUUCAAUAUUUAUUACGCAUUUUGCUAUUUUCGUUUCCCUUAUAUUUCCACUCGUUCACUGAUAUAAUCCUUACAAUAAUGGCAAAAAGAGUAAAAGAGAGAGAGUGAAUGUUUGUGUUUCCAAAAUAGGAAAAGAAAGAGCGCUGGCUCUAAUGGCGACGACUUUCCCAAAACACACAUUGGCGCGCAUCCAAAUAAUGUAAAAUAUAUGUACAUUAUUUUUAGCAACAAGAGCUUUUUAAAAUUUGUA